UUCUACGUCAUCAAGCGGCGCCUGGGAAAGAAAACGACACGCUGUUGAGUCUCGCACGAAAGUUGUAAACAUUUCUCGAUUGGGCUGAGCCGACAUGGCACCGACAGAUCAAAAAAUGAAGAAUAAAAAGUUUGCAGCCAAAGAUGGUAACUUAAAGAAACCACAUCACAUCGCACAGGGUGUAAAAAAGAAGAAGAAAUGGGUCCCGGAGCGCCAAGCCUUCGAAGGAAGCAUUAAGGAAGGUCAAGGAUUUGCUUUCAAGAGGAAGCAGAAAGUCAAAUACGAGUACAACAAGCUGCUGCGGAAAGAGAAGAAGAAGAAGAAGAACCCGGGGUCCCAACUGCUUUAUAAAGAGGAGUAUCCAGAGCACCUCAGACAUCUGUACGAGGCGGAGGCCGAGAAGCUUAGGAACGAAGUCUGGACGAACAGAGUGAACAGGAGCAAGAUGAGAAUAAAAGGGCAGGGGAGAGAGGCGGCUGAAAGUGAUGCUGAUGCUGAUGGUGAUGGUGAUGAUGCAGCAGCAGCACAGCCGGCUGGAGCGGCUGAUGAGGAAGUUGGCAGCGGAUCAGAGCUGAAGGAGCCUGUGUCUGGGGAGGCAGAGCCAGCAGAAACUAAAGAAAAAGAAAGUCUUCCAAUAAGCAACCGCAUGAAGAAAAAAAUGCAGAAGAAGACGUCCUACCAGAAGACAAAAGAGGAGUUUGAGAGAGUCAAAGAAAGGCGAAUAAAGAAGAAAGAGGAGUACCUGAAAAACAAGCAGCAGAGAGAGGAAGCCAUUCAGAAGUACAAGCAGAAAAAAAUGGAGACGUUUCAGAUGCUGAGCAAAAAGACUAAGAAAGGACAGCCCAAUCUGAACCUUCAGAUGGAGUAUUUGCUUCAGAAGAUCCAAAGAACUGAGAAGUGAUCAUGGAGAGACAUGUCCUGGCGUGCUAUUUAAACCUUGAUCGUUUUUUCAUCCUGAGCUCAACUGAAAGUUGUUUUGACAGAUCAGCAGUAUUUCGUUCCAGAAAACAGCUGCGACUGAUUUUGAUCUCGGACCACAAGAUGGCAUUGUAAGAUAUGGAGAUGAGGGAGAAUGUGCCCCUGUGUUUUUAUGAAUAAAUGUAUUAUAUCCUG